AUGAAAGUUGUAGAAAUGAGGAUGUUGCGAUGGAUGUGUUGGCAUACUAGGAGUGAUAGGAUAAGGAAUGAAGAUAUCCUGGGAAAUAUACGAGUGACUUCAGUGGAGGAUAAGAUGCGGGAAUCGAGGAUGAGAUGGUACAAAUAUGUGCAGAGGAGGUGUACAGAUGCCCCAAUACGGAGGUGUGAGAGGUUGUCUGUGGACGAUUUCAAGAGAGGCAGAGGUAGGCCGAAGAAGUACUGGGGAGAGAUGGUGAGGACACGCGCGGAUAUUUCAGGAGACGAGGCACCGACACCUGCUGCCAGAGUUGUGGCGCGUGGCAAGAAGCUGAAGCAGAGGCCGUGGCAGGGGCCUAUGAAGGAGGAGAGGCAAGGACCAGCUAACGCACCUCCUGAGAUCAUUGCUACACCAGUUCUCCAGGAUGCCAUGGUGCACAUUGUUGACACCUAA